AUGGCACCCAAAGCUGCUGAGAAGGCUCCGGCCAAGAAGACCCCCGCCAAGACUGCUGAGGGCUCUAAGAAGAAGAAGAAGAUUAACAAGGCGGAGACCUACAAGGUUUACAUCUAUAAGGUUCUCAAGCAGGUUCACCCCGAUACUGGUAUCAGCUCCAAGGCCAUGUCUAUCAUGAAUUCCUUUAUCAACGAUAUCUUCGACAAGAUGGCGAACGAGGCUGUCCGCCUGGCCCAGUACAACAAGAAGCCCACCCUGACCUCUCGCGAAAUCCAGACGGCCGUCCGCCUGGUCCUUCCCGGCGAGCUUGCCAAGCACGCUGUGUCCGAGGGCACAAAGGCCGUCACCAAGUUCACGUCCUCUUAA